AUGCCGUUGGAGCCAGGCUUGAAUACCCCAAACGACGGCGACUCAAAGGAGGCUGACUGCCCUGCUGCUGACUUCCCUGCUUUUGACUGCCCUGCUGCUGACUUCCCUGCUUUUGACUGCCCUGCUGCUGACUUCCCUGCUUUUGACUGCCCUGCUGCUGACUUCCCUGCUUUUGACUGCCCUGCUGCUGACUUCCCUGCUUUUGACUGCCCUGCUGCUGACUUCCCUGCUUUUGACUGCCCUGCUGCUGACUUCCCUGCUUUUGACUGCCCUGCUGCUGACUUCCCUGCUUUUGACUGCCCUGCUGCUGACUUCCCUGCUUUUGACUGCCCUGCUGCUGACUUCCCUGCUUUUGACUGCCCUGCACCUCUGUGGCAGUGCUAG